AUGGACAUGAUUGGGUAUGGGUUUGCCCUUAUGCUUAGCGACGCAUUACCACUUAAGCUCUGCCAAAUGCUACUUGAAGACUUCAAUAUUUAUUUCAAGAAAUCUCGAGUCCAACUGAUAGUUGAAAUGGAGUCCGGCCAUCACAACACAAUGGAAGCGAGGGAAGAAUUAUGUGACCCUGGCGGGACAGGAAUCUGCGCCGUAAAUGCUGAAGAAAAGAAAACUCGUCGCUCGCUGAGAGGUCGCAGGUCUUCAAUCAAAGUCGUAGCAGAGGGUUCGUCUCCUGGCGUGGUCGUUGCUCCUUUGUCCGAGUCUAUUUUAAGUAAUGCUAGAAUUAAUCCGACCACACAGCUGAUCAAUAAAAGGGACACUAUCGCAGCAUACAUUGGUCACCUACAAGCAGAGAAGAAUGAUUGGGAAAACAGGAUCGAGAGUCGAAAACAAUUGUGGCAGAGAGCAAAACGCAUUGCUGACCGUGGACUAGAGCGUAGACGAAUGGAACGCAUUCCUGUCAAUGAACUUGGCCGUGUAGAUGGGAUGCAAAAACCUCGAUAUACUUUGAACAGAAUCGUGCGUGCUUUCAAUAAGCAGAAUGAAGAUCUUUAUGAACAAAAGUCAAUGAACGAACUUCUUUCGCGCAGAACGGUCCUCAAAGACUCCUUAAAGGAAGCAAAAGUCAAGGCAACGUCUUUAAACAAUCUUCUGAAGGCGGAAUCGAAAACGGAAUUACAGUCUCUCAUGCAGUGGUGGGGAAAUCUCAAGAAAACAGAGGAGAUGAGGAUAACUCGCAUCCAAGCAAAAUUGGCCAGACUGGAAGCCCAGGAGGCUACUCUGAACCAGACAUUUUGUAUUCUUUCUUUAUAG